AGCCCAAGAGGCGAGUCUUGGGUAAGGGCUGGAAGGCCCGCCCCUUAGGAACACGUGUCAAGGCGAGAGAGGAACAAAAAAAUCGGAGAGGAGAGAGCUGAGGUUUCGUUUCUGGGUUUGGUUCUCUCUCUCUCUCUCUCUCUCUCUCUCUCUCUCUCUCUCAGAGGCGACGAACUUCGUGAGAUUGAUACAUGAUCAGUCAAUUGAAUAAGCAUAAUGAGUUCAAAAGAAUCGUGUCACCACUGAAGUACCAGACGAGGUGUGUUACUGCCUUCCCUGAUCAGCAAGGAUUUUUGAUCACAGAAACUGUUCAACUGAAGUGCGAGUUGGUGUUCAUCAUCUGGAUGAUUCUCAGCAGAACAAGAACUUCACAUUCAAAUAUCAUAGAGAUGGGAAUGAGAUCUAUUCUAUCAAUGCUCUGAACUUCCACCCGGUAAGCUCUCUAUGACUCGGUAGUCUUAAAGUUUUAGACCAUGAUUAUCGGCAAUCUUUAAGGGGGUUUUUAAACUAAAUGACUGAUAUAAUUAAAUCAUAAAUAAAUAAAAACUUUGUUACCGAUUCUUAAUUAAUGAUUUUGGUGAUCAAUCCUUAGAGUGGUUUUUCAACCACGUGUCAGCAUCACAUUUAAUCUUUUUUUUCUUUUUUUUUGUAACUAAUCUUUUUUUUCUUUCUCACGGCUUGUCGUGAUCUUCGUCGGAUCCAAACCGACGAGCUACUAUGUCUCUCACCAGUUGCUUGCUUCCCUUCCCUCAGUCAUCAACGGCUCCUUUGGCCUCCACGUGUUGUUGCCAUCUCGCCGCCUCUUUUUCUAGCUUUCCGGUAAGCAUAUGUGCUCAUGGAUCCAAAGAUGGUAGGUUUGGUGAAGUCGAGCGUUAAGCUCGGCUGAUUCGAGUGAACUAUCAUCCUUCGCCCUGCACCACCACGUACCCCGCCUCUUCAAACUGGUAUGAAUUUCAUUUUCUGAUUCCUUUAAUAAUCCAUCGUGUUAAUUUUUCAUUGAUAUGUAAUUAUUAGGGUUUUUUUCUUUGUUUUGUGUUUCACUGAAUCAUUAAGCAUGAAACCGUUGUUUCUGAGGCUGCUGCCCCUGCUUCUGCGCCCCAUGUUGCCAACAGCAUGGGCUCGGCUUCUGCUGCGCCCCCUGUUGCCAACAUGGCCUUUGCUUCUUGUAACAGUCAGUCCAAGGCUUUCCAGGAAAUUUGGCGAUGAUGGACAGGAAGUGGUGUUCUCUGACGUUUCUGACAAGUAUUUGCCUGAUAUUAUUUCUCCUUGGCUCUUAUGCUGCUUACGAGCAUUUUCGUCGUGUUGAUGCUCGAGAAGACAACGAAAAACAUUAUGUGACACUGCAAGUAGAAGCUUCCAACGCCACAGGACGACCCAUUCCUGAAACCCUUUUUGGGAUCUUCUUUGAGGAAAUCAAUCAUGCUGGAGCAGGUGGACUGUGGGCUGAACUUGUUAGCAACAGAGGAUUUGAAGCUGGUGGACAAAUCAUUCCUUCCAGUAUCUGGCCUUGGUCCAUUAUUGGAGAUGAAUCAACCAUAUCUGUAGUUACAGACCGCUCUUCAUGUUUUGAGCGCAACAAAAUUGCACUUAGAAUGGAAGUGUUUUGUAACAGCAGUGGUUGUCCAUCAGAAGGAGUCGGGGUUUAUAACCCGGGUUACUGGGGCAUGAACAUUGAAGAAGGAAAGAAAUACAAAGUGACCCUUUAUGUGCGUUCCACUGGGGACAUCGAUGUGUCUGUGUCUUUGACAAGCUCGAAUGGAUCACUAACUCUUGCAUCAGAGCAGAUUAUAGCUUUGGCUUCUGAGGUUUCAAAAUGGACAAAGAAGGAAAUGCUUUUGGAGGCAAAUGGAACAGAUGAUGGCGCAAGGCUUCAAUUGACAACUACCAAAAAUGGUUCAAUCUGGUUUGAUCAAGUCUCAGCCAUGCCUGUGGAUACUUAUAAGGGACAUGGUUUUAGGAAUGAUCUUUUCCAAAUGAUGGUUGAUCUAAAACCUCGUUUCAUCCGUUUCCCUGGUGGUUGUUAUGUGGAGGGUGAUUCGUUAAGCAACGCAUUCCACUGGAAAGAAACCGUGGGAGCUUGGGAAGAGAGGCCUGGCCACUUUGGUGAUGUUUGGAACUACUGGACAGAUGAUGGUCUUGGUCAGUUUGAGUUCUUCCAACUGGCUGAAGAUCUCGGUGCAGCUCCAAUAUGGGUGCUUAACAGUGGAAUGAGUCAUAAUGAUCAAGUUGAAACCGCACGUAUCAUGCCGUUUGUUCAAGAAGCGCUAGAUGGUAUUGAGUUUGCUCGUGGUGAUGCUAAUUCAACAUGGGGAUCAGUUCGAGCUGCAAUGGGACAUCCAACGCCUUUUGACCUUAAAUAUGUUGCGGUCGGGAAUGAAGAUUGUUUGCAGAAAUACACAUACUACAAAGGAAACUACCUUGUGUUCUAUAAUGCUAUCAAGAAAGCCUAUCCGGACAUCAAAAUCAUCUCCAACUGCGAUGGAUCGUCUCAACCACUCGAUCACCCAGCUGAUUACUAUGAUUUUCACGUUUAUAAACCUUCCAAGGAGUUGUUUUCCAUGUCCCAUAAGUUUGACAAUACAUCGCGUGAUGGUCCAAAGGCUUUCGUUAGUGAAUACGCUGCGAAGAGCGAAACAGAUGCUAAUAAGGGAAACCUUCUAGCCGCUCUUGGUGAAGCAGGUUUCCUCCUUGGUUUGGAAAAGAACAGUGAUGUUGUAGGAAUGGUAAGCUAUGCACCUCUCUUCGUUAACACAAACGACAGAAGGUGGUUGCCAGAUGCUAUAGUUUUCAACUCGUCUCAUUUGUAUGGAACACCAAGCUAUUGGGUCCAACAAUUCUUCACAGAGUCAAGUGGAGCAACUCUUCUCAGCUCUACUAUGGAGGGAAACUCUUCUUAUGUUGAAGCAUCUGCCAUAUCCUUCCAAAGCAAUGGCUCUGAUUACAUACAGAUUAAGGCUGUUAACUUUGCAAACGUGACAGUAGAGCUGAAGGUAAAGAUGACUGGAUUGGACUCGAGCAACACGAAAGCUUCUGCAAAAAAGAAGAAAGUACUUACAUCUGCCAGUGUGAUGGAUGAGAACUCCUUCUCCAACCCAGAGAUGAUUACGCCACAAGAAAGCUUAGGGGUAAUGCCCGAGGGGAACUUGACUUUUGUUCUUCCUCCCUACUCCUUUUCAUUAUUCGACAUUUAGUGUCACUAGACGUUGUAGACUCUAAGUUUUAUACAACAAUGAGUGCGUGAAUGAUAUGAUUACAUAUCAAUAAUAUGACGUUACAUUCUAUUUGAUUCCACACAUUAUAAAUUUCCAUUAUC